AUGGAAAACCAUCUUCAAGAGUCUUUAACCAAUUACCCUAAACCGGGUCUAACCAAAAAGGAAGAACAAGUUAACGAAGAAAUGAUGGGCAUGCAAGCGUGGAAGAUCACUACCACAUUGGCUUUCCCAAUGGUUUUCAAAGCUGCCUUGGAGCUUGACGUCCUCGACACGAUUGCUGCAGUCGGCAAUGACGCGUGGCUCUCGUCUUCCGAGAUAGCUUUGGGUUUCCCAACCAAGCCCACCAACCCAGAAGCAUCUGUGUUGUUGGACCGGAUGUUGCGGUUACUCUCCAGUCACUCAGUUUUGAAGUGUCGUAUGGUUGAAACUGGAGAAAACGAUCAAACCAGAAAGACCCAAAGGGUAUAUGCAAUGGAACCGGUUUGCACGUUUUUCUUAAACCGUGGUGACGACUCGGGUUCUCUCAUGUCUUUGUUCAUGUUGUUCCAAAGCCAAGUGUUUUUCAAGACUUGGUACGCACUUCAUUAUUUGCAAAUAUCCCAAAUUUGA